AUGAAAGCGGCGCGGAAUGAUUAUUUGAUGGAUGCGAGGAACGGCAUCCGCGUCGCAACGGGUAUUAUUGAGGCGCCUCGCACCUCAACGGGUAUCCGCGUGACUCUUGGGCGUGCGAAUCCGCCGGACGGCCCGCCGUCGCUACGGCGGUACACCCGGCGGCUUCCGUCUCCUCUUGCGCAGGGGAAUGCUGCGGAAGUUCUGCCCCUUGCGUCUCGUCUGGCGCAGCGGAAUGGCGCGGAGGUUUCGCCUAUUCGCACGCCGCGGCGGGAUGACGAGUCGGUUCCGCUCGUUCCGCCCGUCCCCGCGGGGGGGGCUGACGCGGAGGUUCUUCUUGAAGCCGCGAGAGCGGAAGGGGUUUCGCUGGUCGGGGGGAAAGCGGGUAAAGAUUGGGAGGGGGAAGUGGGAAAGGGGAGGAGUGCGGCGGGAGCAGGGGGUAUGCGGCGUGGGGGUUGGCGGGGAGGGGCAACGCGGGCGUUCUCAUUCCCAUACCUGCUAGAGAGGCACCUCCGCGUUCACAACCCCGAUGCUCUCCAAGUGAGGCAGCUUCAAGUGAGCUCUCUUCGCCUCCUCUGCCCCCCUUCCCCGCUUUCCCCCAACCCCCGCUCUCCCUCCCCCCUUUUUUUCCCUUCCCCCCUUCCUGCAAUUCGUCUACCCUCCCUCUCUUCCCCUCCCUCUACCCUUCUUUUCCCUAUUCUCCCUUCCUCCUUGCCUCCCCCCCUCUUUUCCUUCCUCCUCUUUCUCUCCCCUCAUUCCCUCCACGUCUUCCCCUCCUUUCCUCGUUCCGUGCUGUUCGUAUUUCAAUCUCCCAUUCCAAUCCUCCCCUCUUCAUCCGUCGUGCCUCACCCGCCUCUCUCUUACAUGUCACACAGCUUCACAGGUCUUUAA